AUGGCUACACAGUGCAGAACUGUACACUCGCUCGCGCUGUCAUGAAAUAACUACGUUCCUGAUUCAGUCUAAAUCAUUGUCGCUGAUUUCUUUUCUGCAUGUCUUGUAUAGCAUAUCGAGAAUAAAAUCACUCGGAUCUCAGUAUAGCUACGCACGAAAAGGCCAAAAUGAGCGAGGAAGAAGACACAUUGCAGAAAACUAGACAUGCAUUUGAAGAUCUGUGUCGAGCUCUAAAUGUGGACGAGGAGUCGAGUAACGGAGCAUGGAGAAGUUAUGAAAAUAUCAGCAAAAAUUACACUCUCGAGGGUAGUGAACUGCACUGGUUGGCGUGUGCUUUGUAUGUGGCGUGUAGAUCUUCGGUGCCCACUGUAAGUAAAGGCACAGUGGAGGGCAACUAUGUGUCACUGACCAGGAUCCUGCGCUCUUCACAACAGAGUUUGAUAGAGUUUUUUAAUAAAUUGAAGAAAUGGCAGGACAUGACCAACCUGCCCAAAGAGUUCCAGCAGAGUACCGAGAAACUAGAGAGAAACUUCACUGUCACGUCUGUCAUCUUUAAAAAAUAUGUGCCCAUAUUCAAAGAUAUAUUUAAAACACCCACUGAAGAAUUACCAAGAACACACAGAGGCCGGAAACAGAGACGAUAUCCCUGCACUGUCACUGAGGUCUUCAAUUUCUGCUGGAUCCUCUUCAUACAUGCUAAAGGAAAUUUCCCGAUGAUCAGUGAUGAUCUGGUAAACUCGUAUCACCUGCUCUUGUGCGCUCUGGAUUUGGUUUACUGCAACUCACUGCUGUGUUCCAGCCGUAAAGAUCUACUCAACCCUUCAUUUAAAGGACUGCCUGAAGACUUCAGCAGUAAAGAUUAUAAACCAGGUCCAGGAUCUUUAUGUUUCAUUGAGCAGCUGUGUGAACUGCAUGAUGGGCUGGUGCUGGAGGCCAAAGGAGUGAAGGAACAUUUCUGGAAACCUUUCAUGAAGAAACUUUUUGAACGAAAGGUAUUGAAAGGUAAAGAAGACACACUGACCGGAUUCUUGGAGCCAGUCAAUUUUGGUGACAGUCUCACAUCUCUGAACCGUGUGUAUGAGGAACACGUGUUAUCGUCCGGUUCUUUGGAUGACAGAAUAUUUCUGGGAGAAGCAGCAAGAGAAGACAUUGGUACUCCAGGACCCUGUUUCUCUGAGGGGAUAGAGAACCAGGAACGACCUCCCAACACGCUUCAAAACUCUUUCACAACGUCUGCUCUUAAAGUAUCGUCGACUCUGACAGGAAGGAGGUACAUGCCGGACAGCAGCGUCGGUACCCCUGUUUCCAUUGCAAUGCAGAAUGUGGGCCGACUGCACACGCUGCUGACAGGAUUCCAACACAGACCCAGCAUGACACUCAGAGACACAUUUAGAUCUUGUGUGAGAGACCCAAGUGAUUCUAUAGCAGCCAGACUGAAGGAGAUGUCGGAGAUCUUCCUUCAGAAUUAUGAGGGAACAGGCGAGGAAAACAAGAGUCUGGCCAGAGAUGUUGCAGUGAAGUAUUUCUGCCUAGCUGAGGCUCUGUAUUACAAAUCAUUGGAAGCCAUCAUCAACCAGGAGAAGAAACGGCUUGGAGACAUGGACUUGACAGGUGUUCUCGAGCAGGAUGUGUUUCAGCGCUCUUUGAUCACCUGCUGUCUGGAGAUUGUGAUUUUUUUGUACCGACCACCAGGAGAAUUCCCACGAGUCUUACAGAUCUUUGAUCUGCCCGCUUUUCACUUUUACAAGGUAAUUGAAGUGCUGGUGCGGGCCGAGGAGGGUCUUUUCCGCGAGGUGGUGAAGCAUCUGAAUCAUAUUGAGGAGCAGGUACUGGAGCGUUUGGCUUGGAAAGAGAGCUCACCGCUGUGGGACAGCAUCCGAGAUGCCAAGAACUGCAUUCCCCCCUGUCUGGAGGUAAUGCCACCUCAACACCUGGAGGACAAUUCUGGAAACAGCACACACACUCCCAAAAGGAAUGAGAACAUCACAGGAGCAGGGAAAGGAGUUUCUCCAGCCCCCACCUCUCUCCAAGAUCGCUACAGCUCGUCCCCUACUGGCACAGCUCGGCGCCGCCUCUUUUUUGAUGGAGAGACCACCUCUGACUCUGCCCAAUCUGUGAAGGUGGCCCAACCGUCUCUGGUCAGCACCAUCCCAGCUGGACAAACCGUGGUCACUAUGGCAACAGCAACCGUCACCGCAAACAACGGGCAGACUGUUACCAUACCUGUUCAAGGAAUAGCAAAUGAGAGUGGAGGCAUUACGUUUAUCCCGGUACAAUUGAGUGUAACAGGUCAAAGUGGGGCAGCUCUACCAACUCUGAGUGCCCAGAGUCUGACAGGCACCCUUAUCGCCCAGCAUCUGACCACUACUCCCGCGGGCACAGUCCAGAACAACCCCAACCCUGCUAAACAAGACAAGAAGAGCCCUCAGCAGGGAACACCCACCCGAGCACAGAAGACCGGGUCACUGAGCCUGUUCUUCCGCAAGGUCUAUCACCUCGCCAGUGUGCGGCUCAGAGAUCUAUGUGCUAAACUGGACAUCAGCGCAGAUCUGCGCAGGAAGAUCUGGACGUGUUUUGAAUAUUCACUAGUGCACUGCACUGAACUCAUGAUGGAUCGACAUCUAGACCAGCUGCUCAUGUGUGCCGUCUAUGUCAUGACCAAGGUAACGAAGGAGGACAAGUCUUUCCAGAACAUCAUGAAGUGCUAUAGAUCUCAACAUCAGGCCAGCAGCACUGUGUACAGGAGUGUGUUGAUCUCUGGGAGGAGGAGAUGUCGCUCAGGAAGCAGUGAUCACACACACAUACAGAGCUCACCCACUGACACAGCACCAGAACAUGUGAGUGGUGAGAGCAGUCCCGUGUCUAUGCGCUCCAGCAGCACUCUGCCAAUUCCUCAGCCCAGCAGUGCCCCCUCCACCCCGACCCGGGUCCCUGGGGGCCCCCAAGAUCAGGAGGAGGAGCGAGGAGACCUUAUUCAUUUCUAUAACCACGUCUACAUCAAACAGAUCAAACAUUUCGCACUGCGUUACUCCAAAAACUCAACGAAAAACGGGGCUGAAGCUCCUCCUCUGUGUCCAUAUCCAUCACCCCGGAUUGGCUCUCCUCGCCGGGUCCUCCUCUCCCACAAUCACUCCAUCUACAUCUCUCCACACAAGAGCGCCAGCCCCCUCACACCUCGAGACAAGAUCUUCUAUUACAUCAGCUCCAGCCCAUCAAACCGGCUGCGAGAGAUUAACGUCAUGAUCCAGACAGGUGAGACACCCACUAAAAAGCGCAGCAUCGCCCUGGAGGAGGAGCAGCAGUCCCCUGCCAAGAGACUCUGUCAAGAGAACCAGACAGCACUGCUCAGACGCCUGCAGGACGUAGCCAGCGAUCGCAGUUCUUCACACUGAUGUAUCCAUACUUGGAAUAAGAAUUACAAAUACAUCUAAACAUACAACUCACCCAAAAUAUUUUUAGGAUAAGCUUUUACCCAAAGCAACUGACAAAUACAAGCAAUUCAUCCUACACAAAAAGGCCUCAUAGUUAAAGGAGUACUUCACCCAAAAACUAGAAAUUCUGUAAUUAUUCUUGAAUAGAAUGAUUAUUUAUAUUUUUCAAGAAUGUCUAUGCAUCUCUUUUUUUUCAUACAACAACAGUUCAAAGUGAUCACAACUGUCCAGCUGCAUAAAGGACAAAACAAAAACAAAAAACAUAAAAGUUGUCUUUUUGGCUUACAAACCAAUUUAAGUUAUUAUUCCUGAUAAUAUUCCCUUUCAAUGCAGCUCACAAAUCCCAUUCUGCAUUUUCAAACUGGCCCAUCGCGUUUUGUUAUGGCACACUCAAAAAACCAAUGAGGUCUUUUUAUUGACCCAUUUAUUGACUUGGCCUGACACAUUGACCUGCCACUUGUUAAUCUGAUCGCAAAUAUUCCGAAGAUUUUCAAGAGAAGUAUUUCAGGAAAUAAUCAGUUAGAUAAAUUUUGUAACACAUUUAAAGUUAUCAUAUGACUUUAGAAGACUUGGAAUAUACCAUAGUGCUUAAAUUGUAUGGACUGCAUUUAUGGUUUUAUAUAAAAAAUAUAUAAAUAAAGCAAUAUAUGGGUUUGAAACAACAUGCAGGUGAGUAAAUAAUGACAGACUUUUCAUUUUUGUGUCAACUAUCUAUAACCAUUGCUCAUAAAAUUCUGAACUGUUUUCAUUUAAAAAAGCACCAGCUAAUGAAGUCAAAACAAAACUUCUGUCAUAGUCAACCAAUGAUAUUGACUCAUACUCUCAAUAUAAAAAAAGUAUUUUGUAGAAGAAGAGUUUGUGUGCAGUAGAAUUGCUCGGAUGAGUCAUGACAAGAUUUGAAGGAGAUUUAAAGCACUUAAAGGAUUUGGUUGCAAAUCUUGCGCUGAGUUUACCAUGUGUGUUUUAUAAAGAGCUAUUUUUCAUAAAGAGUUUUAUAAAGUAUAGUAUCAGAGUUAAUAUUCAGAAAUCAAGAGAUGUCUGUCAACUCUUUCUAUGUGUCUGUGUAUUUGCUAUCUUUGUAUGUGUAUGCCUGGUUUAUAUAUUUAUGCUAUUUUUCUAACCUUAGGAAAGAUAGUGACGAGCAACAUCGGGCAUCUAACAAUCAUGUUUAAAGUAGAAAGUGAGUGCUCAGAAAUGUCAUAUUUAUUUUGUCAUGUUGUUCUUUGCAUGUAUUAGAUGUGUUCAAAUCAAUUGUUGUUCCCUCUUCAGUUCUGAAAGGAAUUCUUUCAGUAAUCUCUAUUUAUUAACAAAACAACACGUUUUCUUUCUUUUUAUUCUGGAGUAUGACGCGUGUUUGUUGUAAGUGCCUUUUCUCCUGACUGUUUGCCUUUCCUGAUCAGCUCUAUGCUUUACACUUUACACAGCAACCCAGCAUUAAAUGAUCAUCCAGCAUUUAUUAAACCCUGUGAA